AUGAUUGACAGUGACGAUUCCAGUGUGGAGGAUAUUGAAGUAAGAAAGGCUUUUGCUUGCCCUUAUUUCCGCCGCGAUCCGGUUCGCCACAUCGAAUGCUUGAGCCGCAAGCUCUACCGCAUACAAGACGUCAAGCAGCAUCUAUAUCGGCGCCAUUACAUGACGCGAGACAAGUCUCCAGACGCUUCGGAUAACUCAAGAGGUGUGAAUACAAGAACACAGAGCAUUUUGAAACUUCGCUUAGAUAGAAGACUAUCGCCAGAGAGGCAAUGGCACAAGAUCUGGGAGACUCUUUUUAAUCUGAAAUUGCCAAGAGAAGGGCCUUAUCUCGGUGACUCUAAGGAAGAGAUUGUUGGAAGUAUGAUUGCGGUAUGUAAGCAGGGAAGCAGUCGAGUUGUCCCGGGGAUAUUGAGAAGCCUAGGCCUUUCCAAUGAGAAAAGGAAAUCUGUUCAACAGUUGAUGGAACAGCUUCUUAGCGGCUUUGAAGCAUUAUCAGAUGAGCGAUCAAACGCCAUGGAGAUGGAGGAGACGGAGGAGACAGAGAAAGCUUCGAUAUGCGGUGGCGUUGAUUCGAUACCGCAGACACCCAAGGAUAUGGAGUUUGAGUUUGACUUUAACAUACCAUUGGAUCGAUCACCCUCGCCAGAGAUGCUGAAUUCUUACCCUAGCAAAGACAGGACGCAGAUACAGGAAUCCAGCUCGGUGACACCGACCGAGUUGCCAGACUAUACCACUCUCAAGACAAACAAGGAGGACAUCUUAGUGGGAUAUCAGUCUACAAAACACGUCAACCAAAACGUCCAGGUGAAGAAUUCUUGGCCACCAAAUACUGCAGUUUGCACACCCAAGACAUUUGAAAGCUCGGAGAUGGCUUGUGCUACGAGUAACAUCGAGUCGGCCGGGAAGUCACUAAAUUGCUUGACUCAUGUCCUCGAGGAUAUGGAGGAAUCCGACCCAUAUGAGUAUGUCGAUGCAUGGGAAUGCCAUUACUGCGGAUUUGAAUACAUCUUCAGACCUAGAGGAGGGAGCAGCGACAGGUUGUGCUUUAACUACCCAUGCUUAGGGCGGCUUCCCAGCUACUACGAUUCAGUGUACAAGGCACGGGUCAUCAGAGGAGGUUGA